CAUCAGAGCGGAGCGUGCAUGAUUAUGGAACUGAAGUCAAUCAUGUGGAAAUGUUUUCUGUCCCGAUACAUGCUGAUGGAGGCAGCUGAUCAGUUGACAUUGUGGUGGAUGGAGAUGCUUCGUGGUGGUUGGCAGCUGGGGAUGUGACAGAGUGUGGCUUAAUACUGUGAGAAGGGAUCUGUGAGACAGAGAUGUGAUAUAAUGCUGAGAGAAGGGAUCUGUGACACAGAGAUGUGAUAUAAUGCUGUGAGAAGGGAUCUGCGACAUAGAGAUGUGAUGUAAUGCUGAGAGAAGGGAUCUAUAACACACAGAUGUGAUACAAUGCUGAGAAAAAGGAUAUAACACACAGAGAGGGCUGUGAUAUAGUGCUGACAGAAAGGAAACAGAGAUGUGAUGUAAUGCUGAGAGAAAGGAUAUAUAACACAGGGAUGUGAUACAAUGCUGAGAAAAAGGAUAUAACAGACAGAGAGAUGUGGCAUAACGCUGACAGAUUUUAGGAAACACGGAGAUGUUAAAUGAUGCUUUGAGAAGGGAUAUGGCAGACAGGGAUACAGCAUCACACUGAGAGAUUGGAUACAUCAAAGUGAUGUGGCAUAACAAUCAGACAAGGGCUAUAAUAGACAGACAUGUGAUAUAACACUCACACAACGGAUAUAACACAAUAUGUGACAAUGCUGAGAUUUGGCAUUCCACUCAGUGAAGGAGAAGCAGAGAUAAGAAGAACACUGAAAGGAAGGAUAUAACAGAAAUGUAUUAAAACUGAAAGAAAGGAUAUAACAGAGACGUGUUAUAACACUGAACAGAAGGAUUAUACCAUACAGAUGUCGUAUACAGAGACAGACAGGGUCUUCGCUCCGUCACUUGACCGUACCACAACUAAUGAUGAGGUAGACAGACAAGAAAGAGACCACGGAAACUAAACACCCCAAGUACAGGGUGUUGUCUAACAAUAACGUGUGAUAUCUUGGAGGAAUCAAGAAACGAUAUUCAGUGACAUGAGAGACUCCUGUAACGUGUGACAUCUUGAAACAAUCCAGAGAAGAUGAUGAACCCAAGCCAGCCCCCUAUGACUCCGGUCUGCUGCCUCUGUCAGACAGUCUUCCAGGAUCCAAAGGUUCUGCCCUGCCUUCAUACCUUCUGUUCAACCUGCUUACAGAAUCUUGUGACAGGAGAGCCGGGAUCAGGGGAGAUAACCUGUCCUACAUGUGGGUGUCAUGUGACUCUGCCUGUCAGAGGUGUGUCUGGAUUGGUUACUAAUAUGCUUGUGAAGCGACUCGCAGAUAAUUACUUAAGUGAAAUAAUGAAAAGUCUCCAUAAUGACCACACAGAGACUUCCGAGCCAGACGAAGGGUUCGGGGAACAGUCGGAAGUCCAUGUUGGUCACAUGACUAGAUCUGAGACCUGGCAUGGACAAACAGAUGCUGUUCCACAGACAAUUGUUGGGCAGGCUAAGUCACUAAAUGGAGACAAGCAGUCAGGACUUUCCACAGCAGUUUCAGAUCAGUCAAGUCCUGGUGCUGGUGCUACACAAGAGGAAAAACAUGAAAUGAAGAAGGAGGCAUGUCGAGUGACGGGCAAACUCAUGUCCAAGCUGAUGCACCUCCAGGGGGAGGCUCUGAGGAUUACUUACUCUAUUGACUCAGUCAACGAGGGGGUUCGUCAGUGGCAGGAGAGGAACAUCGAGAUCAAAGCCAGCAUCAUGGACAGGUCACGGAUGCUGCAACAUCUCAUCAAGAGACACGAACAGAAGCUUUUAGCGGAGGUAGACAACCUGGAGAACCAUGACCAGUUCCUCAAUGAGGCUGACAGGACCAAAAAUGAGCUGCGGAUGAAUCUGAAGCGUGUUCUUAACGGUGUGGAGUUCCUGAAACAGAUGCAAAACUUUGGGCAGGAUGAGGAGAUUCUAGCAAUGAAGGACUUUCUCCUGGGUGAUCUGAAGAUUUUGUGUGGUGUUGAAACCAACAAAAAAGAAUAUACCUUAAAGGUCCCAACAGUGACAUCAUAUGAGAAUCUUGAUGAUGAGUUUGGCAGUUUGAUCCCGGUUGAGAAGAGAUCUGUCGUGUUUGAGCCAGAUGCUGGAGAAGGACUAGGUGACAUGAAACUCACCCAGCUGGAGAAAGUCAAACAAAUGGAGUUUACAAAAGCCUCAAGUACAAAACUGAGGCGAAGAAGAGCCAAGACACAGCAGAUUCGCUUCUCUUCUCCGCAAGGGAGGGAACUGAGGUUCUCAUCACCCCAGAGAAGAGCCACAAGGAUCAUCACCUCUGAGGACCGGGAGCUGGAAGUGGAGAAGACAUCUCCAGAAGAUGAUCCCGAGAGCCCGGAGGACAUGAAGGACCUUCAGGAGACUCUGAAACUGAGGAGGAAGGAGCUGUUGGAAGAGAAACACAUGGAGGACAACAUGGAGAACAUCCAUGAUGUUCACUUGUUCAGUGCCCACAGACGACCCACCAGAGAGAAGAAGAGGAGAGUCCAAUCCUUCAGUGGCAGGCCAUCCUCCAGGACACGGCUGAUGGAACAGGCUGCCAAAGGAUUACAAGCUCCCAGUGAGGCUGAACAACCCGAGGGACACCAGGAGACAGCCACACUGGACAAAGCUGGAAGUAUCGACAGCAUAGAAGGGGAGAUAACUGCAGGUCAUGACGCGUCCAAGGAAACAACUCCAGCUGAUGAAGAAAUGACCAUGAAGCUGAAAUAUCUCCGUGACAACUGGAGACGAAGAAGAGAGAUCCUCAAAUCCAGCGAGAGUUCACAGACAUCAUUCGAAAGAGCACCAGGAGAUACAAGUCCUGUAUCACCAGAUUCUCCCAAAUCACCUGAAGCUAAGGUAGGAACUGAGACCAAGUUCCAGAUGUUCCGAGACCAGCUCAGCUCUAUGAGACAUCACAUCGUACCAAGGGGCAACUCUCCUCCCCCAACCUCACCACACUACAGUCCAUCUCGCAGGAUGUCGGACAGUAUGGCAGCUCGCAAAGGAUCAACAGGCUCCAUACCCGAAGUGUCUGGUGAGAUAGAUUUUUCAUCCUCUCAUAAUACUCAUGAGAACUCGGUUUAUGACAGGCUUGAUACAGAAGGGCAAGUUUUCAGUACAUCAACAUCCCCACCUACAAAUGACAGCGGUCUGACACGUAAUCGGCUGCAGCAACUCAGAGCCAAUGCCAGGAAGAAGAGAGAGAGAUGGAGGUCCCAAACACUGUCAUAGAGAGGCACACAGGUGGUCAAGGGGAGGUUGUGUGUAACGUAAGAAUACAAUUGACCAAACAAUUUCGACUUGUGUUACAGCAUGAUAAAUCUGUGUACUGAUGUAAAGUUUCAUGACAGUUAUACUAGAUACUAUUAAUACCAUUGUGUUGCAUAACAGAUGUAUGCCAAGUAUAAAAUGUUUAUAUAACAGACAUGAUGUCAAUACCCAUACUCGAUUAUCCAGUGUAUAAAAUCUCCAUUCUAUUAAGAUAAAUACCCAAGAGGCCCAUUCACAACCAUUGUUUUGAGCCUGUUAGAAACAGGACUAACUGAGGUAGACUAACAUCUAGUCUCUGAAAUGUACAUAUUUUACCGAAAAAAACUGCUGUUAAAUUAAUUAAUAAAAAGAAGCCUUAGGACUUUCUUCAUUUUAAGAUACUGAUACAGCAGUAAUCUAGACUUGCCAAACAUUAUAGACAUGCAUGGGCUGUAUUGGAUAUCAUGACUGACUACGAUUGAGGUGGUGAUGUCUCUUCCGAAAUGAAGCUUUGGUUGUGAAUGGGUCCAGGCUAUCUAAAACAAUAGCGGAGAUGUAAUACAUGUAGAAUACUAAACUUGCUCCUGUGUAAUACAGUGAAUAGUUCUGGUAUCUGACAAGCGAUAUUUACGAGUUUCAUAAAAUUGGUAUUACACGGGAGCGACUUUAGUAUCUUAUUUAUUACUUAAAAAAAUUUCAGUGUCGUUUGUGAAUAGGCAGACUUCUAUGCGAUCCACAGUAAUAAAAUGGAUAAUCGAGAAAGGUGAUAGGGGCAAUAUGGACAUUAUUGUACAAAUAGGAUAGAAACACGCAUGUGCUAUUCUGCAUUCUUCAGCAUGCUUAGUGUGACAAUGGCUAGCUUGAAUUGCAGAGAAACACUGGCACUACAAGAUCUCAUCACGUUAGUAUUGUCUUGUCAGUGGCCAUGGUUACGCAUCAACCAAAGUUUAUCACAAACAGUCGAUCAGAUGGCCUGGAUACACUAACCUUCACUGUUCGUCAUAUUGUUUCAUGGAAUGUCAAAUGUGCUUUAAAACUUGUGUGUACAAAAUGAAAGUACAGUCGACUCUCGUUCAGAAUCAAAGAAUAAUUUGUACAGAAUCAAAGGAUAAUUUGUACAGAAUCAAAGGAUAAUUUGUACAGAAUCAAAGGAUAAUUUGUACAGAAUCAAAGCAAAGGCACCAUGGCAGGGGGAGGAAAGAUGGGGUGUUUGGAGCUUCUUUUUUUGGAGACCAUAUAUACACUACUCACCAGGCUCCAAAAAAGUGAAACAACACCCGAUUCUCUCAUAUUACUACAAAUAGUAUGUCUUCUUUUGAGUAGUAUAUUUUCAGUCUGCAGCACGUUUUUGCUCUGAAAGGAGGUGCCAAGCACACUUUUUUACCCAAAACACAUAAUUUCUCAGAACAUCCAGCAGGACAAGUGUUUUUGUGAGAUCAUUACAAUUUGUUUUUUCCUAUUUCGCUGUGUAUUGCAAAGUCUUAAUACCCAGCCAUUUUGUUUUGGAAGAAAGGUUGGAAGCCAGAGUUGUAGAAAUCCAGGUAAGCAAAAAUAAAGGCUUGAAGCCUUCAAUAUGUUCCAGUUCCGCUGAACGUGAGUCGACUGUAUGUAACACAAAUUUUAACAUGAGCUCAAACUAUUGCAAAGGCUCAAUUACUGUUAUUGAUUAUGAUGAAAUACUGUUAAAUGAUGAAAUAUCUGUACAUAAGUGUAUAUAAGCAUGUCAACUUCUGCAAUGAUACAUUUAUGCAUAUUAUUAUAUAGCAACAUACACCAACAUGAUCUCUGCCAUGAAGCCUAAUAACCUGUUGUGGUUCCGAACUCUAACUCAGAACUUAGUACUCACUACCGCUAGACCAAAGACCUGAGGACAUCCCAUUACAGGUCAUGACAGAACGACCUUUAGCGAACUUUUGACGUUAGCCAAUCAGAAAGAAGCUCUCUCAAAUUUAAGGCACAAGUUCCAAAAUGGCGCCCUGCAUUCCAGACUAUGCUUUUAGAUAUAUUUUGAAAAAUUUCUCGAUUCAAAAUUUGAAAACCGAAAAAAGAAACUUGUGGAAUGUCUGAUGCCCAGAUUGUAUAGCAGUACUUCCCACGGGCUAUGGAAAGAAUUCCGUUUUAAAUAUUUAUCCAACUGAAGUGAGAGAUCGACAAUGUCUAGCAUUCAGAAUCAGUCAUACAGUCCGUAACUGUCAUUUGGAAUCCCUCAUGUCAACCUUUUCGAGGUUGCAUGAUCAGAAAACACAUUGGGACCUAUACUUUUAUAUCUGUAAGUGACACUCAGAUUGGUCAGAUGAUAGGUCAUUCUGAUGUGACCCGUAAUGUCACAUCAGAAUCCUCAAGGGUGUCCUCAGAUCUGUGCGCAGAAGUAAUGAGCACUAAGAUCUGGUUUUAAUGAGAUUGUUGUGGUCCCAAUUACAUGUAAAUAUUAGCACCGCCAUUCAAUCAUUUCAAUCAUAAUCAUAAGAACAUUAAACAUAUUAGUAUGUUUCAGCUAUUUUUUUGUAUUAGACAAGCAAAAUAAUUGUAUUGGUCAGUGUAUAUAGAAUUGAUGGAAUUGAUCAGGUAAUUGAACCACAACACUUGGUGUUUUUAACUAGAACAACGUAAUGUGCCUACUCCGUACAUGUACAUUGUAGCAUAGAUGCAGGUGAGUGGGUGAUGUGAGGGCAUUGUUUCACUGGCUUUAACAAUUGCAUAGCACCAUAUACAAGCUCCAGUGAUUGUCUUUGAGGAUGGUAUUGUUAGGCCAGACUUUUCAUGAAACUUGGUUUAUGAAUCUGCCGACUCCAAAAAUUUGAAAAAGCAAAUAUGAAAAACGGUGUCUUUUUCAUUCCAGCCAGAAAAGAAUAAUGUUAAAAAAUUUACUGACACUAUCAACAUAAAUGAAUUAUUUAAAAUACCAUAAUUAAAACCUCAUGAAAAUGAUACAUCUUGAAAACUACUUUUGAUAUUUGUAAUUUUUUUUCGACCUACCAUACUGAAUUGGGCCCAAAUCUGUCAGCUCCUUGCAUAAAAAAGAAAUAGGAGUCUGGCCUUACCUUGUUGGUGUUCUGUAUCCAAGCUGUUGGGUUUUCCUAUGUUAGUGAUGUUAUUUUGUGUUUAUUGCUGCUUUGAACAGUAUUUCAGUGUGAUCCUGGCAUGUUAGCUUGAUGUGGGAGGGCACUUACCUCUUGGUGGAAACACACCAUUCCGGAGGUACGAUAGAUCAAGACUGAUAAUUGGCAUAAUCUGGACCCCUCUGUACAACAUGUUGUCAUGGUAACCAGAUAAAUAAAAAAGUUCCAAGAUUCCUGAAUAGCAAACAGCACCAGUCAAAACAUUUAUGCUGGGGGAUAUUUAUCUGUCCCAUAUAAGCAGCCUAUCUAAUGAUGUACAGAUGAACAACUGGUCUGCUACCACCUAGGUGAAAAAUAUUGCAUGUCUAAAGAAUUUAUGAUAAGAGCCACAUCUAUCCCAU